AUGGCGCCCAUUGACUCCAGAGCGUUUCUCAACGUGGACAAGGACGCCCCCACAUGGAAACACAGCGACGAAGUCAUAAUCGAUAGGAAUGAAGCGGGCCAGAAUAUUGUUCGAGCAAUGACUUGGUACGAGCUGGAGUACAAGGACUACAUUCUCAAGUUCACCCUGAGCGUCUUUGGCUCUCAGCCCGACGCAGGCUUCGCCUUGUACAUUGGCCUGCACGGAGGAGGCCAGGCCAAAGACUAUGAAAACAACGAUGACUGGCACUACUGGAGCACCUACCACGCGUCCAGCAUUCAGUCUCGAGUGGAAAGGAAGCCUGAGAUGAACGACAACGAGGUGAAGAAUUCCGUCCAGCUCGGCGCCGUCUACGUGGCUCUGCGUUUCGCCAACAAAACCGGCACGGGGAAAUACGACGGCAACACCUGGGACACGCACUUUACGCCACCCGCUCAAGUCCUGAUGGAGAAGCUCGUCAUGCGCAUGCUCCUGAAGACUCCUUUCACCUCGGAGGACGCUUCCAAGAACCCUUCAUACACUCCAAGCUCCAAGGCGACCUCGUUUGUCGACUCGAACCAGAUCUACCUUUUGGGAUUCUCGGCUGGCGGCGAUGCCGUCUACCGUCUGUCCACCAACCUGGCUGACCGAUUCGCCGCGGCCCACAUGUCCGCUGGCCACCCUGGGGACGUCCAAUUCGACAAUCUUGCCAACACGCCUAUUUGUUUGCAGGUUGGCGAUGAAGACUCCGAGUACGAUCGCAACACGUACACGGUGGAUUCGGCCUUCACGCUUGACGCUCUCGCGUUGCGCCACUCUGGCUACUAUGCCCACGAUUGCUACGUGCACGUUACCACACCAAAAGCCAACGAGCGGGCACACAACAGCUGGAGUGCGGUCGAGUCGGGCCUCACUCGGGGCCCCAUCCUGACAGACCUGCACACCUGGCGCCUCGACCCGGAAAGAGGCCAGCUGUCUCAACGGACGAUGAAUACCAACGCGAUCGACUGGGUCAGUCAACACGUCCGCAACCCGCUACCGCGCAAGGUGGUGUGGAAUCUCCGGACCCGGCCUGCGCGCGACACGGAAGUCGACGCCAACUGGCCGAGCAAGCGCCUCUUCUACUGGCUGUACCUGCACAAGGACACCGACUGGUCGACCACCUUCGAGGCGACCUUCGACGCCGCGAGCAACUCCUUCUUCCUCAACCGCACAGACGCUCCGGCCGAAUUGGGGUUCCUGUUGUCCGAGGCCAUGGUUGACUUUAGCCGCGACGUCACCGUGUAUCUGCGUGGCGACGGCAAGAAAAGGCAGCUUUUCGGCACCUACAAGGUCGGCGUCAACGAAGAGAUCAAGAAACAGACGCUGGACGCUCGGGGCGAUGACAAGCUGGUGUAUGCCGCCGCGAUCCGGUUCAAAAAGAAGACGCAGAAGCAGGCCGACGGCACAACCAGGGAGUGGGUCGACGAGGCCGAGGUGGCCGACACAUUAUUCACGGAUUGA